AUGGAUAUGUUAAUCAAAGAUGAGGAGUACAUAAACGCUAACGAUCCGUCCCUCCCAGACAUGAAUCGGGAGGUCCUCGAAGGUUCCAUGGAGGGAAUCGCCGACUUCUUCACCAACGCCGUAAUUCUGGUCACAGGAGGGACGGGAUUUGUCGGGAAGGCGUUGUUGGAGAAGCUGCUAAGAAGCUGCCCUGGGAUUGACACAGUAUACGUGCUGAUGAGACCCAAACGAGGACUGAGUGUUGAGCAGAGGUAUAAGGAACUGAUUAAGAAUCAGGUAUUCGACCGUAUUAGGGCCAGAUAUCCACAACGUCUUGAAAAACUUCAUGCCCUAGCCGGGGACGUAUCCGCGCCUCGUUUGGGGCUCACGGAUGCGCAAGUGGCGCUAAUGGGGCGCGUGAACACAGUGUUUCAUUCAGCCGCCACUGUGCGCUUCACGGACCCUUUGAGGAACGCCGCUGCCUUGAACGUUAAAGGAACAGACACACUUAUGAAGCUUGCCAGAGAUCAUAUGCCAUUACUUAAGGCCGUGGUACAUGUGUCAACAGCGUAUAGUAAUGCACCACGCUCAGAAAUCGAUGAACGAGUAUAUGAACCUCCUUGCGACCCACAGGCUUUGCUUUCCUGUGCCGACCUCUUGCCACCAGACACCCUGGAAGGACUUACGCCGUCGCUACUCGGGGAGCAUCCGAACCCGUACACCCUGACAAAAGCAGUAGCGGAGACCAUCGUUCAAGGCUACACAGACUUGCCUGUUUGCAUCGUUAGGCCUUCCAUAGUGACGGCUGCGUACCAGGAGCCUUAUCCAGGCUGGAUAGACAACGUGUAUGGAGUUACUGGUAUAAUAAUGGAGAUCUCUCGGGGUACCUACCGAUCUGGACUUUGUCGUGAGAGAUAUGUGGUGGAUCUGGUACCAGUAGAUGUACUGGUGAACUGCUGCAUACUUGCAGCUUGGAGACAGGCUGGGAAACGUGCUGGCAAAUGUCCUGUAUACAAUGUAACGUCAGGGUCUGUGGCGCCAUUGCAGUGGGGCAAUUUUACAAGGCUCUGUGUUCGCUGGGCAAGAGAGAAUCCAACCAAAUACGUCAUGUGGUACCCGAAUUUCUCAUUCACGGAGUCAAGAGCGCUAAACACUUUCUGGGAACUGACUUGUCACUUUUUACCAGCUUUCAUCUACGACCUUGUGUUACGAGCGCAAGGACGAAAACCCAUCAUGAUGAAGCUUGCACGUCGUUUUAAACUGGCAGCUGCAACAGGAGAAUACUUCGCCAAUAACGAAUGGCAUUUCGGUAUCGAAGAACUUACAGCUUUACACAAAGAUGGCGCUUCUGCUCCAGACGGCGCUAUUUUCUCGGCUUGGCCUCAACUAUUCUCGUGGGAUUCUUAUGUUGGCGCGUAUAUGCUUGGAAUCCGACGAUUCAUAUUAAAGGACACCUUGGAAUCGCUGCCCGAAGCUCGUAGUAAACUCAACAAAUUGUAUUGGAUACACCGCGUGUGCCAAGCGGCUAGUGGAUACUACUUAUUCCGGUUACUGGCAUCCCGUUGGCCUCUCGCCAGCAGUUGGUACCACAGACAAUAG